CACACUUCCUCUCCACCUGCUCCUCUGACCUACUCCAUCCUCAACCAAACACCAGAACCAUGACCUGCUGUGGCUGUUCAGGAGGCUGUGGCUCCAGCUGUGGGGGCUGUGGCUCCAGCUGCUGCUGCAAGCCUGUGUGCUGCUGCAAGCCUGUCUGCUCCUGCUCCAGCUGUGGGGGCUGCAAAGGAGGCUGUGGCUCCUGUGGGGGCUGCAAGGGAGGCUGUGGUUCCUGCGGGGGCUGCAAGGGGGGCUGUGGCUCCUGUGGGGGCUGCAAGGGGGGCUGUGGCUCCUGUGGGGGCUGCAAGGGAGGCUGUGGCUCCUGUGGGGGCUGUAAGUCCUGCUGUCAGUCCAGCUGCUGCAAGCCCUGCUGCUGUCAGUCCAGCUGCUGCAAGCCUUGCUGCUGUGAAUCCUGCUGUUGCAAGCCCUGCUGCUGCCAGUCCAGCUGCUGCAAGCCUUGCUGCUGCCAGUCCAGCUGCUGCAAGCCCUGCUGCUGCGAAUCCUGCUGUUGCAAGCCCUGCUGCUGCCAGUCCAGCUGCUGCAAGCCCUGCUGCUGCCAGUCCAGCUGCUGCAAGCCCUGCUGCUGCCAGUCCAGCUGCUGCAAGCCCUGCUGCUGCCAGUCCAGCUGCUGCAAGCCCUGCUGCUGUCAGUCCAGCUGUUGCAAACCCUGCUGCUGUGAGUCCAGUUGUUGCGGGCCUGUGUGCUGCCAGUGUAAGAUCUGAGUGGCUGACCAGACUCCA